AUGAAAAAAACCAUUGAAUAUACCGAUGAUAUGAAACGUAACAUUAGAGCAAGUUUACAGAAAAAGGAACUUUUAAAUGAAAUAAUGAUAUCGAGACGAACAAAAUACUAUUCAACUGACGACCAAUUUGUGGGGAAGAAACAACCAUUAGAUGUCGCCAGGUUAGGAAGCUCUGCUUUUUGGCAUGAACAUACACAAACGACAGCAAAGAUACAUACACAAUGGACAAAUAAAACCUAG